AUGGCCAAGUCAAGAUUCGAGUAUGUGCGCCAAUUCGAAUCUCACGAGACGUUACUGCCGGAAACAUACAUAGUGGUGAGAAUCGAUGGUAAAAAGUUUCAUGAGUUCUCCAAGCAUUAUAAUUUCGAGAAACCCAACGACGAAAGGGCUUUAAAGCUCAUGAACGCGAGCGCGAAGAACGUGGUUCUCAAGUAUAAGAAUGAUGUUGUUCUUGCAUUUGGAGAAAGCGAUGAGUAUUCUUUUAUCCUGAAAAAGGAUACAUCUCUGUUCAAAAGGCGUCGCGAUAAGCUGAGUUCACUUUUUGUGUCUCUCUUCACUGCCAACUACGUGGCGCUAUGGUCCAAAUUCUUCCCAGGUACGGCGCUUGAUUACAAGCAUCUCCCCUUCUUUGACUCUAGGUGUGUGUGCUACCCAAAUCUUUCCACAAUAAAGGAUUAUCUCUGCUGGCGUUAUGUGGACACACAUAUUAACAAUCUAUACAAUACUGUAUUUUGGCAACUGAUAAUCAAAUGCGGACUAACGCCACAGGAGUCUGAGCAAAAGCUUUGCGGCACUUUGAGCAGCGACAAACAAGAGAUCCUGUUCACAGAUUGUGGAAUCAACUACAAUGACGAGCCAAACAUGUUCAAAAAAGGCUCACUUGUGACCAACAAGGGUGAGGUCUGCCACAUUGAUGUUGUGAAGCAGAUCGAUGUUUUGUUUGAAGGUUUUUAG